AUGACUGAUGCUCAAUCAAUAUCAUCGGCAAAGCCUAGUCAUCAGGAUGCUGAUCCAUUAGAAAAUAAUGAUCAUACUGCUCAUCCUAUUCAAACAACGUCAACAGGUAUGCAUGUUCCUCAAAAUCAGCAGUUAUCUUCAACUGUCCCUUCAUUACAACGACCAACUCAUGCUCCGAUUCCUACAACAACAAAACCACUCGGACGAAGUGGAGUCGGAGGUUUUCAGUCGGCACUUAAUUCACAAAAUCCAACAUUUACUGUUCUCAAAGCAACAGCAUUCCAACAAGCAGUUGGACAUCCCAUGGCCUAUGUUCGAGCUUUAAUGCAGAUGGGUUAUGAACCAUUACCUUAUUACAAAGGAAAAAAUUUAUUUGGAAAAGAAGCAACAUAUUAUCCAAAUGUAUUUCGUUAUCUUCGUUUUGUUUAUAAUAUCGAUGGCUUCACUGGUAUAUAUCGUGGAUUUGGAUGUUCGUUAAUGGCUAAAGUUGUUUGCUGGUACACAACAACAAAAGUAGACGAAUUAUUGGGUCCAGUGAAUAAAGAAGCUCAAAAUGAACAAGUUAAUUUAACAUGGAAUAAAUGUUUGCAAAAAACAUUAAGGGAAGUACAAUGUCAAUCAUUUGGAAUCCUUAUCUCUCAUCCAUUACAAGUGAUGGCUGUUCGCUGUAUGGCACAAUUUAUUGGUAGAGAGGAAACUUAUUCGUCAAUAAACAUAUUUCAAAAUGCUGUAGAAAUUUUUCAGAGACAAGGCAUUGGAGGUUUUUUUGUAGGUCUUAUUCCACGAUGGUUGUUAGAAGUAUCAACAAUUGUCAUUUCAAACUUUUUAAUUCAUUUACUUAAAACGCAAAUACCUGCGCAACAAGAAAUGGCACCACUAUUCGAAUAUUUAGCCGCCUUUGUUGCUCAAUCAAUAACUUAUCCAUUGAGUGUUGUAACGACUGUCUCAACAGUUAAUCGUAGUGGUUUAAUUGCUAGUCUACCACCAAUAGCACCUGUGGGUGGCUUUGCAAAUUGGCAAGAUACCUAUAAAUAUUUACAAAGACAUGAUCAACUGAAACGUGGUUCAUCAUUAAUAAAUCGUAUGGUAACCGGUCCGGUAUAA